CUGUUACGUUGACUUUUACACUCAUACAUAAAAUAAUUGACAAUAAGUUUAUCGAGCUUUAUUUGGUUAUUUUACAUUUGGCUUUUAAUUUGAUCCAGGUGCCUAGAUGUUAGUCAACAGCAUGCAGAUCGGAAUUCACUGAAAUCUGGAAACUAAACUCGGCACCCGAUACCCUCGCAGUGCGAAAGUACUGCGUGUCAUACCAUUCACUGCUGUGGCUGUCAACAUACAUGCUCUUACAUGAAGAGAGGGGAGAAACCCGAAGGAUACAGACAGAUGAGACCCAAGACCUUCCCUGCCAGCAACUACACUGGUAACAGCCACCAGAUGUUGCAGGAAAUCCGCGAGAGUCUCCGUAACUUGUCCAGACCAUCUGACGCCCCUAAGGUGGAUAUGGGUGCUGGAAAGGUACUGCCUGAAGACCCGAGGCAGCAGGGGCGCAGUAGUAACCCUAGAAACCCCUACCACAAGGCCUUGCAGGAGAUACGGAAGUCUCUCAUGCCCUUUGCCAAUGAGCCCAGUUCCACUGGCAAAACAGCCGAGGUGAACAGACAGAUGCUGUUGGAGCUGCUGUCUGCUGGGUUUGAGGAGGAAUUGGUGAUUCGUGCUCUGAAACAGACCAACAACCGCAGCACAGAGGCAGCCAUCGAGUACAUCAGUAAGAUGAGCUACCAGGACCCAGUGAGGGAGCAGAUGGUGUCUACAGCCGCACGCCCAGUCGCUGCAGGCAUGAAAGGCCCUGGUGCAUCUCACAUUCAGCAGCCUGUGUUGAGGAGACAGAGUUGGAAGGGUUCAAAGGAAUCACUGGUUACCCAAAGACACGGGCCCAUGAUGGUGGAAGGGAUCAUGUACCGUUCAGAUAGCCCUGGACCCCAGAGUGACGUUUCCGGGCGUCCGCCCGCAGCCUUCCCUCAGGGGCACCCUGGAAACAACCAGCGGGUCAACCCUCCACUCCCGCCUCAGGUUCGCAGUGUCACGCCUCCCCCGAAUAGGGGUGCAACUCCUCCCCCACCCUCCUGGGACAGCAAUCCCUCAAACAAGCGCUUCUCUGGCAACAUGGACUACCUGGUCCCCCGGAUCUCUCCGGUCCCCCAAGGAGCCUGGCCGGAUGGCUACUCAGCCCCAGCCCCCCAGAACCAGAGAGGGAUCAGUCCUGUGCCCAUGGGCCGACAGCCCAUCAUCAUGCAGAACUCUGGGGGGAGCAAGUUCAACUUCCCCCCGAGCUGGCCUCAGAAUGGCUCCAGUCAACCAGACUACAUGGGGCAUCAGAACGUGACCAUGAGUGGGAACAGCAGGCAGCCUCCGCCCCCGUACCCAGUCAACCAGAGCAGCCGACAGAGUCCCACAGCUCAGCAGAUGCAGGCUGGAGGCCCUGCUUCCUCCCCGAGCUACGUCAAUGGUGGCAACCUCCCUCAGUCCAUGAUGGUGCCCAAUCGGAAUAGUCAUAACCUGGACAUGUACAACAUGGGUCCUCUUCAGUCCUGGUCUCAGGCAGCACCCCAGUCCUCCCCAGGCAGCAGCAACCAGGACAUAUCUCCAUCCUGGCAGAGCAACGCGCCAGUCCGCUCCAACUCCUUCAACAGCCACCGUCAGACCCACCCAGCCGGCUCCCAGCCCUCCGCUACCACCGUCACCGCCAUCACCCAGGCCCCCAUCCUGCAGCCCGUCAAGAGCAUGCGUGUGCAGAAGCCCGAGCUGCACACAGCUGUGGCUCCCACAUACCCUCCCCGGAUGCAACAGCCCCAGCCUCCCCCCCCUACCAGCACCUACCAGGAGCCACCAGCACCCUUACCAGAGGUCCCCAGCUACCAGGGCCCUCCACCCCCCUACCCCAAACACCUCCUCCAGCAGCCUGGUGGUGCCUGCCCCGCCCACGAGGGCGGGGCCAAGCAGAGCUCUGGCAGAGAGGAGGCGGAGGAAGACGAGGGCUGCAGCAGCGGCGACAAGACCGACGUUCCGGAGAGUUCCGCGGGUUCUGCCGAGAGGGAGAAGAAACAGAUCACGACAUCUCCGGUGCCCGUGCGCCGGAACAAGAAAGACGAGGAACGCAGAGAGCCCAACGUUCCUCUGUAUUCUCCCCAGGCCUUCAAGUUCUUCAUGGAGCAGCACGUGGAGAACAUCUUGAAGAACCACCAGCAGAGGAUACGUAGGAAGAAGCAGCUGGAGAGUGAGAUGCAGAGGGUGGGUCUAUCAGGAGACGCCCAGGAGCAGAUGCGCAUGAUGCUGUGCCAGAAGGAGUCCAACUACAUCCGUCUGAAACGGGCCAAAAUAGACAAGUCCAUGUUCAAGAGGAUCAAGCCCCUGGGCAUCGGCGCCUUCGGGGAGGUGUGUCUGGCCCGGAAGGAGGACACGGGGGCUCUCUACGCCAUGAAGACACUCCGCAAGAAGGACGUCCUUCUGAGGAACCAGGUGGCUCACGUGAAGGCCGAGAGGGACAUCCUGGCGGAGGCGGACAACGAGUGGGUAGUGCGCCUCUACUACUCCUUCCAGGACAAGGACAACCUGUACUUCGUCAUGGACUUCAUUCCCGGAGGAGACAUGAUGAGCCUUCUUAUCAGGCUGGGCAUCUUCCGAGAGGAACUGGCCCAGUUUUACAUCGCUGAGCUCACCUGUGCUGUGGAGAGUGUCCACAAGAUGGGCUUCAUCCACAGAGACAUCAAGCCCGACAACAUCCUCAUAGAUCGGGACGGCCACAUCAAGCUCACUGACUUUGGCCUAUGCACUGGCUUCCGCUGGACACACGACUCCAAGUACUACCAGAGUGGGGAUCAUGUUAGACAGGACAGCAUGGACUUCAGUAAGGAGUGGGAAGACUCGCCCAACUGUCGCUGUGGAGACAGGCUCAAGCCCCUGGAGAGGAGGAAGGCGAGGCAGCACCAGCGCUGCCUGGCCCACUCCCUGGUGGGCACGCCCAACUACAUCGCUCCUGAGGUGCUGCUCCGGACAGGAUACACCCAGCUCUGUGAUUGGUGGAGUGUCGGUGUCAUUUUAUAUGAAAUGGUCGUCGGCCAGCCUCCCUUCCUAGCAACCACGCCUCUGGAAACCCAACUCAAGGUGAUAAACUGGCAGACUUCGCUUCACAUCCCCCCUCAGUCCAAGCUGAGCCCAGAGGCUUCGGACCUGAUAGUUAAACUGUGCCGCGGCCACGAGGAUCGCCUGGGUAGGAACGGAGCGGACGAGAUCAAGGCUCAGCCUUUCUUCAAGGCCGUCGACUUCUCCAACGACCUUCGGCAGCAGCCGGCGCCCUACAUCCCCACCAUCGCACACUGCACCGACACCUCCAACUUCGACCCCGUGGACCCAGACAAGCUGUGGAGUAGCGACAAUGACAGCGACGGUAACCAUAACGACACGCUCAACGGGUGGUUCCGGAACGGCAAGCACCCGGAGCACGCCUUCUACGAAUUCACCUUCCGACGCUUCUUUGAUGACAACGGGCACCCGUACAGCUGCCCCAAGCCCAUCGAGUACGAGAACUAUGAUGGGGACGAGGCGGAGAGCGGCGGUCAGGAGGAGGGUGGCCCAGAGGAGGACAGGCGGGGGGCUCCAGGGAGGGAUCUGGUGUACGUGUAGCGCCCUGUCAGGACAUCCUAGUCCUGCUGGUACAGAAUGGGUCUGGGAGUAGGUCUUUGUUUUGUCAGAAGGCAUGUUUGGAGGUACACUAAUUGAGCUACAGUGACUGACAGUAAAUGUUGGGUUGUGUUAAGGGGAUUAUUCCAUAUGGUGUGACUUUACAGAGAAAAUAUGAGUUCCCCAGUUAGGAAUGACACAGCACGACAUCUGUGGUAUACUGCACUACAGAUUUGGUCACGGUCUCCAAGGGUAAAUACAUCAUGUCGUCGACAUAGAGAGCCUCAAGACCAGAUAGGCAACUGAUAUGGGACAUCUUGCCUGAAGGUAUGAACGUAAAUUCAUUUUUGUGUACAUGGAGUGUACAGGGUACGCCAGCGUGAUGUAUGGUGUCUGCAUGGACAUACAGUUUUGAAAGCAGAACAUAUCAGGGUGCUCUUUGAAGAAUUACAAACUCUGUUUAAGCCUUAAUUUAUUUAAGAAAUUGUUAACUGGUGACUAGUGGGAGGAUAGGAUUCAUUUCUGUUGAAGCUUUUAUCUGUGAUUGUCUUAAUUUAUAUUUUAAUAGGUAUAUUGCAAUGGGGAUCUAGUAAUAUCUCUUCUAGAAUUUGCUGGUAUAAAUAACUCUUGAAUUAUUCAUUGCUGUGCCUUUGAUCUUCUGCUCACUUUCACCAAAUAUUUUGGGGUGGGAGGGAGGAGGGAGGGGGGAUAAUCAGACUGGCAUUUUAAAUGACACUAGACAUAGUUGAUUGGAUUUGUGUUUUAUGUAUUUUUCUAAUUUAUACCUAAAAUGUAUUUAUAAAGUGUUGCAUACAUUUUAUGUAAAUAUUUGUCUUGAUCCUUCUGUUGUCUGUUGUUUAGUGUUCAUUAGGGCAGGACCUCUAUUCUUUGCUCUGGUCAAGGAUGGUCGUUCCAUCUUGUUUUGUCUUUUCCUUUGCCACCUGAAAGUCCACUAAUACUGUAUUCAAUGCUGUGAGAUGGAAGUGUGAGGGACAGCUGGCUCUUUUUUGUGUAGUGACACUUCUCAUUUACAUUUAAUGGCAACUGUGCCUUUCACUUCUAUUCAGUCUCAACCAAAGCACUAGGCUACGCUGUGAAUGAUCUUUCUGACAGUGACCCAGCUGCCCUGUUCAUGAAGGAGUGACACUGUAUUGGAAAAAACUGGAUUUAUAUAGCACACGAUUUAUUUUUUGUUGUUGCUCACAGCUAAUUUUGAGUGGUUUUCCCUUUUUUUGUGUGUUUUGAAACGAUUUGAAUGUAGUAAUGGAUAUGAUCACUGACAUUCCUGCACUGGUUUCAUUGUAAUCAUGUAAAGUUGGCAUGAUUUGAUGAUUUUUGUGCAAAUGUACACUGGG